UCACAGCACGACACGGAUGGCACCAGGUGCGUGAACCUUCAGCAUACUGAUCUGAACGAGAAGGAUAUCGAGACCAUACUCGAUUGGCACAACGUUUAUCGCAACACUGUGGCGAACGGGGACGAGGAGCGAGGAAAUCCGGGACCUCAACGUCCAGCAAAGUUCAUGAUGGAGCUGGUACGAUUUAGUUUGGUCCACCAAGGCAUAAUAUAUGUGGCUAUAAAAAAGAAGGGAAUCUGGGAUGACGAACUUGCUCAUAUCGCGAGACGAUGGGUAGUACAGUGCAACCUUCUCGAGAAAGAUCAGUGUAGAGACGUUGAACGAUUCGGAGUAUGGCAGAACGUGCACGUACUCGAUAUGUACAGCGUAGGAAACACAACGUCCACCGCGAGGAUUCGCUUUCAUAUUCAAUCAUGGUACGACGAAGUAGAAGACUUCGAUUCUGCGGAAUUCGGAUUGGUGAAUUUCGCAGCGCGGAGCAACCUGUCUUACAUUCCGUUCGCGUCGUCGACAAUUAGGCAGAUCGGUUGCGGUCGUGCAAUUUACACGGGCAGGUCCGGGCAAUCGACAAGCAGUAGCACAGACACGCCAAUAGCCGGCCGUACAAUGGCAGUUGGAUUCGGGGAUCGCGUAGAGGCCCUCGUGUGCAAUUACGGCCCACUCGAUCGGAACACAGCAAGAGAACUGUACGAAGAUGGUGUGCCGGCUCUUUGUCCACCGGGGACGAUCCGCAGCUCACGAUACCAAGCCCUCUGUCAAAAGUUUCAGAAGCGGCAGUCGCAAAAGGUGCAGCACAAGAUUCAACAGAAGCAAGAUAAAAGGAACGAUCGACCGAUGAACAACGGGGCAUUCUUAAUCAAAUCGACAAUUUAUCUUAUUCAACUGGUAUUAUUAUUGUUGUCGACCACUUAUCGUCGUUCCCUGCUCUAGCACUACCA